GCGGGUCGAGCGGGCUUGAGAACUGCCCUUGAGCGUUCCUGCUGCAGUCGGAACUGGGUGAGGAGACGGCCUCCGCUUCGCCGCCCGCUGUCAAAAUGGAUUGGCUCGAUGAAUGUUCCCAUAGUUCCUUUGACCUACAGUGUUUACUGAACUCAUGUCCCGGAGAUGUGGAGUUUAAGCAGAUCUUCAGUGACAUUGAUGGACAGAUGGAGCGGAGCGCUGCAAGCAUAGAACAUUGCAUCAAACAAAUACAGUCUGAAGUUAACAAGCAGUGUCCAGAUGUGCAGCUGCAAACAAGCAGUGACUGUCUAGAAUGGCUAACUAACUACAGUUACGACACAUCUAAGCCACCAUCAGUCCCCCAUGGAGAUUUGAUAAAAUUCUUCAAAACAUUGCAAGGUUUGUUGAAAACUGAACAAAAUCAAGAAGAAAUGAUACUGGAGUUACUCUGGGACCUCUCCUGCCAGAGCAGCGUUUCAUUCCCGUUGAUUCUAAGUGGAACAUCACUCCACUUCCUCCCCAGGACUUGUCUUCAUGCUGUUGAAGAUCAUUCUUCUGUGGAUGUAAAAUCUAUAUGGGACAACGUAAGACUGCAUCUUCGACGCUUCUUAGUGAGCAGACUGGAAAGCCACAAUGAAAUAAAUAGCUCACAGCAAAAAGCUGUAUUGAAAACCCAGUGUAUACAGCGACUCCUGUUUCUCUAUCCAGAAUCAGAAGUGACCAUCAAGUACCAAAGCGUACAGAGUAAGCUGCUAGCUACGUUUCUACAGGAUGACUUUCCUCCUUAUACCAGAGAUGCAAAUUUAGAAGUCAUAGCCCAUGGGUUCCAAAGUACAAUGCUCAAGUUAUUUUCAGUGAUAAAAGAGGAUUUUAACAUACUAUGUGAAAUUUUAGCUCCAUCUUCAACAGUGAAGUUCAUUAAAGAAACUUACCUGGAUACAGUUACAGAAGAAGUGGCAAAAUUUCUUGAAAAUUUUUGUGAGCUGAAGUCCAAAGAGCAUGCUGUUCCAGUGCUUAAAACAAGCAAGAGCUCCAGCAGGCACCGAGGGGCCGCGCGUGCUGUGGUGACUCCUGAAGAUCCACAGAAGGGAAAAAACUUUUCCCUAACCUUCGAUGAACUCAAAUUCUUAUCACAGCUCACGAAAUCUCUUUUGAGCCUGGAAAACAAUGUUCAAGAGUUAUUUGAAGAAAUGUUCUUAUCUCUUAAGAUGCUCAGGAAUUCUUCAGGAACUUUGGAAAAAUCCAAUAGAGAAGUCCUAACAGAGAAACCUAGAGCAAGUGAAACUACUAUUCCUCCAGAGCAGCGGCUACCAGUUAAAGAGCAGGCAUGUUGGGAUUUCAGAAGCCCACUGCAGUCUCCAGUUCCCAUGUGGGCUCCGGGGACCCAAACUCAGUCUACUCUACUAGAGUUUGGCUGGAGAAAUGCAUUUAAAGACGUUUCCCCUCCCAUGGCACACUGCAUCGCAAUGGCUGUUGAAGAGUUUUCCAGCAACAUUCUCCAGCAGGAAGAGACAGAGAGGUCUUCUGCUGUGAGCUGUGCUACACGCCUUGUAAAUGCCCAGCAAGUCUGGCCAGACUGCCACAUGUUCCCGGAGGAGGAACGACCGAAGCAGAUCGCAAAGUUUUGUUCUGACAUCAUGGAAAAACUUGACACAAUGCUUCCACUGGCUCUGGCAUGCAGAGAUGAUUCUUUUCAGGAAAUUAGAGCAAACUUGGUGGAGGCCUGUUAUAAAGUGGCAACAGCUGUCCUGGAAAGACUGCAAGUAAGAAGUAUGGAGGUUCCCUCCAGAGCACCCCUGAGAAACCUGCACACUCUCCUUUCCUCUGCCGUCUACGUCUCCCAGCACUUCAUGCACUACGAUAAUUUGAUGAAAGAAUCUACUAAGAAACCCAUAUUCCUGGUGCCUGUCCAGCGAUAUCAGGAAUUCAUCAACGCGCUACAGUUUCAGGUUGCGGACUACUGCGUCAGAGUCUGCGCUACAAGCACUCUGCAGGAUGCCGAGAGCCACCGCUGGGACGACUACAAGGCUUUUUACGAGGGGGAACGAUGCUCCUUCUCACUCCAGAUGUGGCAUUAUUUCUGCCGGGCUCUUCAACAUGAUCUGUGGACCAUAUCGCCCCCUAACUUAGCCCAAGAGAUUCUAGCAGAAGUUUUGGAGAAAUCUUUGGGUCUGCUGGCCUCCAGAUAUGCCCGGGCCCGUCCCACUUCUAAGAGAACUCCACAGAUAAGACUUGAUGUCACAACCAUUUUAAUAUGCACUGAGGACAUGUUGUGGUCAGUUUGCACAUCUGUACAGGAACUUUUGAAUCCUCAGGAGUGUAACAAUAAUAAAAUUGUAAGAAUUCACAGCCAUUGUAAUAAUCUGUUUACAACAUUAGCCAUUUUGACAUCACCAUUAUCAGAAUUGUAUACAGUUUUUCAGCAUGGCAUGGAUGAGUCUGCUUCAAGUUCCUUAAAAUCAUUUUUCAACCAACCACUACAUUGGGUUUCUUGCAUAUCACAUUUCUACCCUUCUUUACUCAGGGCUCCAUCAACUGGAGGACUGAAAGCCAUGGGUCAAUUGAAACUGCUCUUAUCCCAGCCGAGUUGUAACUGGACCUUGCUUCUGGAAACCCUACUGCAUGACAGUGGCCUUUUACCGAGAAUAUUGUUGAAAAGCUCAAAAUCUAACUUGCAGGAACAAGGUUCUGACACAGAAGACAACCACAGUCCCAAGUUCAGCAUGACAGAAGCCAUUUUCAAUGUGUUGUACCAUUGCAGUUUUUCUCCACAAACAUUUGGAAAUGUUUUUGUCAGUUUCAUAGAAGAAAGACAGUUAUGGGACUUCAUAUGCAACAUUCCAGUCUCAACCUGCUUGGAGUCAGAGCCAGAAGUCGUCCAGUGUCUGAGACUGGCACUGACAGAUGCCGUCAAGGACACUGUACGACAGAUCAUGUCCCUGGUGAACUCUGGGAGGAAACAUGAGACAGCCCUAAACAAGCCCAGCAUUCCAGACUGCCUGCUUGAGAGCAUGCCACGAGAGUGGAAUUACACUCCUAAAGAAGCUAAAAGAAAAGAAUCGGGCAAAGGUUUCAUAAGGCUUGCUGCGCAGGCAGUGUCUAUUGUACUCAGCAAGUUACCCACGGUGAUUGCAUGUUUGCCUCCCCCAAUUAAAUACUUCUUUUUUCUGUCUGAGAGAAAAAUGUCAAAAAACUUUGUUGAAUCGAAGAAAGCUGGUCUGCUUGUCUGGAACUUGAUUGUAAUUAUAUGUCGGAUAUUUGAGGAUGGAAACACUGUGGAACUUUUAACAGGUGCCUCCCUUGACAGAUGGGUUAAAGAGAAACUCGGCUUGAUCUGUGUAUGCUUGGAGAGCAUCCUGGGAAAGCGAAGCAGCUCUAACCAACUGGCCCAAAAGGUUGUACAGAGCCUUGAGCGGCAGAAACCCAACUGGAUCCAUCAGCAGCUACUGAAAGCAAGGAAAAUGAGCACUGAAUGUGCUCUGGUGACAGUGGAGGAAAGCGCAGGCCUAGAAGAAGGAGACGCUGCUCUUGAACUGACUGAGCAGAAAAUCAACGCAAUGGUCCUGGAUCUCUGCCACCACCCAGGUGGCAGCAAGUACCUGAGGCAAAUUUAUCACAUCAUGCAGCUCAAUGAGGAAUUUUUAAAAGAACAGCUGUUUUCUAUGACUGGUUCAGAGGAAAAGCCAUUACCCACCCGACCUUUAGAGAUGACCUUGAAGAGUGUGAAAGAUCAACCUUCUGUCUUUAACCCUUUCCAUGUGUAUAAGGUGUUUAGUGAAAACAUGCUAGAUCAGUCAGCCACCUCAAAGUGGAGCUGGAAUUGGUCAAACUUGCUGCCAAAUUAUUUAGGACUGGAUAAGAUGACCUUCAGUAUACUACUCAAAAACAGGUGGGAAAUGAGGGAAGACGAAGCACUAGGAGAGGAAGAAAAAGCAAUGCUGGAACAUUUAAAACGAAUCUGUGCCAUCCAGAACUCUUCUGCUUCGGAGAACACAGGAGAAGCAUAAUCUGCAGAAACCUACAGCAUCUUUAUUAGAGGCAAAAAUCCCCUGUCAUUGAGUUGGGUCUUUGCUUGACUGGAGCCCAGCUCACACGGGCCGCCAAGCAUGAGACCAAUGACAGAGUCGUCCCUGCGCUGAAAAGGAAGCCUGUGCACAAAGAAUGAGGGGCUCCACGGCUUUCAUUUUAAAAAUAAUUUCAAAUGUCUUUUUUUUUUUCUUUCCCCAAUCUUUCUCUUCAUAUGAUAAAACUGCUGCCAUCUCGUGUUCUCUUUGAAUUAUUUUUUUCCUCCUUUCUGGCUCAAAGUAUCUGUGACAACAGGCAAAAUGUUUGGCAAUCUUUUCCCUAAGGAAUUUUUUUUUCUUUAAGUACAAUGUUUGGAUGUUAAAUGGAGUCACACAGAUCCCUGAGAGUCAUCUGAAAAUUACAGCUUAAUUUUGUAGCUGUAACAAAGUCCAGAUCAUAAUUGUCUUCAAUACUCACGAUUGGAUGUAUCGGGAUCCCUUCCCAUAUAACUUCUUUCCCAGACAAUUUAUCUUAAUCAUAGCCACAGAAGAGCAUUACCUGAAGCUAUUAGCCUUGGUCUAAUAGUAUAACCUUCUCCCUCUAAUAUUUUAUUCAAACUUCCAUUCAUAUGCUUUUAGACUCCUCCAUGCCCAUGGCUCCAAUGGUGUUUACCAUUUUUUUUUUCCCAACCAGAAACCAUCUUUCAAAACUUCUAAAAUUAUGCUUAUCCUAUAGUUCUCUGACUCAGGGUUUAUUACCCACAAUGUCUGUUACUUUUAUUUUUUCACCACACAGAUAGAGAGAAAAUGUGUUUUUGUUUUUGUUGUUGUUGUUUUGUUUCAUUUUGUUUUUUGAGGUAGGGUCUUACUUUAGCCCAGGCUGGCCUGGAGUUCACUAUGUGGUCUCAGGGUGGCCUCAAACUCAUGGCAAUCCUCCUACCUCUGCCUCCCAAGUGCUGGGAUUAAAGGCAUGCGCCACUAUGCCCGGCUUGAGAAUGUGUUUUAACUACCCUGUCUUCCAAGGACAAUUAUAAGGUAUUUAUUACAUCAUUCCUAUAAAUGUCUGAUACUGUAUUAUAAAGACCAUGAAGGCCUUAACUAUAAUAUGAAGUUUCCCUUCAUAACUCCACAUAUGCCACUAAAGUCUUACACAUUGAGUGAGCAGUUAAUGAGUACAGCUGGUUUGAUGGAUACUGUUAAAAGAACUUACUAACUGAACGUGGUGGUGCAUGCCUUUAAUCCCAGCACUCAGGAGGCAGAGUUAGGAGGAUCGCUGUGAGUGUGAGACAAGCCUGAAACUACACAGUGAACUCCAUGUCAGCCUGGGCUAGAGCAAGACCCUUAUUAGCUUGUAAUAAGAAUAUACCAAACUGUUGAAGAGCCUUCAGGAGAUGUGGGUGAAGCCUCAUAUCAUGGUUUCAAUCAUAUGGCAUCAAACAUCAUGAUUUUUGAUGUUCUCAGAAGUAUAAUAAACUGUCCAUGCUCCCACA